GCUUUGGCCACCGCCGGGUGGACUGUGGGUUGAAGAGCACGACAGCUUGUUGGUUCAAUUUGGUUUCGAAAUUGGCCCUUCCCGCGGUGUUGUGAAUUCCUCUACAAUCUCUGGUGGUUGCGCUGCUGAAUGCUGUGAAUCUGGCGGUCCAGUUCUCACAUUUUUAAUUCGGUGUCGAAGCUCUUUUUUUGGGAGGUUCGAGUGAUGACUGUUGGGGGUUGAGCUCCGUGAAGGAACACUUCGACAACAGAGUGAUUUCUGGGUGUUGCAUCUUGAUUACACAUGGAUCUCCAAAAUCUAGAAGAUUGGCUGGUUGUCGCAUCAGGCCCGUCUUCUUCGACUGUGCAGCCAUCAGCUAAGCAAGCUCGAGGGCAUGUGCCCGCAGCUUGGCAAAUUACAGAGGGAUGGGGCAAAAUACGUGCGUGUGUUCAGCAGGGCUUGCUGGAUUCUUCUCAUGCAGAAGCUCUCUCUCUUAUUGAUCUGCAUCACAAGUCAGUACAUGUGGCAGAUCCUCAGGUGAAGCUCCUUCUCGGGCUUUUGACAAAAGUGAGAUGUGACAGCGUAGAACUCUUAGGACUUGCUCGGGCUUCAUCAGCUCGUAUACUGGGUGCGUGGGUGAGGAAAACAUUUCUGAACACGAGUGCAAAACCUCUGAAGCAAGCUGAAGAGUUAUUGAUUACUCUUCUGGAAAGCGUACGCAAUUCUUUACACGAGCUUCCACUUUCAGAUACCUAUGUGAACCAAGCAAUCCUUCUUCUUGGAUUGGUUUGCACCGUCCCUCAGAUUUCUGACGAUCAACGAGACGCAUGUCAAAGUGUGAUCACAUUAGAACUUCUUGCUCGGAAGCAUGUAAUAGUGCAGGGUGAGCUCUCUGUUGUGCUGGCGGGUGUUGGCUAUGCCAUGUUAAUGGGCCAUAGCUCUUCAAUUUCUUCAGUUCUUUCCGCGACACUCUCUUUGUGGAAUUUAAACAAUGAGGAACUCAACCUCGGCGACGCAGAAGGUCCACCAUUGCGUGUGUCCUUAAUGAUUUUUCACCUCCUAGAGUACCAAGGCAUGGCUAUUUUUUCUAAGAAGAACAUCUCCGCUCUAUCUGUCUUAGCUGCAAUAGUGACAGAUAUUGCACAGAAGACUUCUGACACGUCACCUCCGGCCACUCGGUGUGCGGCUUUCAUGGCAGCUGCUGGACUUCGACGAGGCUUGACACAGAGCAGGACGGGAAGCUCAAAUAGUCCAGCAGAGCAGGAGAUGCAACGGCUGAUACUCUCUCUAGAAAUGGAACUAAUAAGGACAUGUGAAAAUGCUCUGCGGCAUUUGGAGCGAUUGAAGAUGCAUUCUGCUCCUGGAAAAAUUUACUGGAGUUUCUCUGAGGCUGCACUACGACACGUGCACAGGUGUAUGGCUUUAGCAUUGGCCCGCAGCAGAGGGCUUCUGUGUCACCCAUCUUUUCUCCAAUGCCUGGCGAUCACCUUGUUAACCGACGUCCUAUCACUGCAUGAUUUGUAUUCUGCUCAAAUUGAGGACCUCAGGCGGCCUUUACAGGAUGUACAUCAGUCUGGUAGUGCGCUAGGGUUUGCAAUGGAGCGCCUUGAAUCGCACGUAGACAGCUCCUUGUUUCACGAGGUGGGGGCGAUUGCCCGGGCAAUGUGUGAGCAAUAUAAGCCAGUCACUGAAGAGUAUCAUAACCGCAUUGAGCUUCUGGUGUGGCAAUUCACACAGGACAUGUUCGUCGGUCAUCGCACCUUUACUGUUCAAUCAGGUACUGGGCUUUCAAGAGAAGGCAAGGAAGCAAUAGCCGUAGAGAAAGUGCUCAUAUCUUCGUUUAUGACAGUGGUAGUGUUUUUCUCAAGAGCUAUUGAUACCAAGCCAGGAACGAAGGCAGGUAACCUAAUGACAGCAGAAAAAGCCGCAAGAGCACUGAAUUCGCUUGCUUGUGUUGAGUUUUGCCGGCGUGUACAAAUGCAAGAGUAUGGAACUCUUGUGGAGCGUUGUGUUUCUUAUCUUUCAGCACAUCCUGCAGCUGCGAGAAUAUUUGCAGGCUUCUUACCUCCGUACAACAGCAUUAUUCAUUGGCCUGGCUGUCCAGAACUCUACAAUAUGGCGUAUGAUUGGAGUCGUGAUGCUGUGCUGACGACCCAUUUAUCCUUCUACUUACGAGUCUUUCCCUCAUUUCUGUCGAAUAUUCCUGAAAUCACAUUCUCAAACGAUGUUGCACCUGUUAUGUUCUUAUAUUUGCAGCAUCCAACAGUGUUGGUGUCCAAUGCCGCUCAUGCUUUGUUUGUACACUUUCUUGGUCUUGAAUCCUUGGGGACUUCAUCAGAUAGAACAGAUGCCUCUAAAAGUGAACUAGGACAAGUCAGUUUGCGUGAGAAACUCUCUGUUUAUUACGUGGAAAGAGCAUUGGAGACAUUUCCAGGAGUGACUCCUUUUGAUGCCCUUGUCUAUGGAAUAGCAGCUAUUUCAAAGACUCUUCCUCCGGGUAGCCCUGCAACUCUACAUUGUAUUAACCUGCUCGUUCAUAAAGCAUCAACUCUGAAGCCUAUGAGCACAAGUGUCAAAGAUGUUAAAAAGGGAGCAGAGAAGGAUUUAGAUGACCUUGGAGAUGCUGAGAAACUCCAGUUGCUGUUAUUGCACUUGAUCGGGCGUGUGGACUUGCAGGUUCUCCCGGAGCUGCUGAGGCAAACGGCACACUUGAUUCUUGGUCUACCUCCUCAGGCACGCACAGUAGCACUUGAAAAUGCGUUUGAAGUUGUAGCAGGUAGUAGUGACUACACGAGGAAACCGAUCGUUAUUCCAUGGCUCCAGUCUGUGGCCUAUCUGGUCACCCACCAGCCACCUCAAAGUGCUCCGCAAACUUCCCUAAAGAAACAAUCAGCUUCUGAGGAAAUUAUUAGUCUCAACCCUAGCAUGGGGAUCAUAACAGUUGGAGAGCAGAGACAAUGUUCUGUUCGUCAACAACAAUCACUACAGUCCUGUUUGUAAAAUAUUUUGGGAACACAGAAAUCAAUACUGCGAUUCUACAGCCUAUAUAAGAGAAGCUUGAGGAUGUUUAGUACAAAAGAAGAUUCACAACAGUAAUGUGUCUGACUAAUAUAGCAAAGCAAAUCAUCAGAUUUAUACAUUC